AUGCAAUUAAUGUUAAUAACUGUGCUAACAUUUGAUUUGGAUAAUGAUAUUGUUGGAGAACCGGACAUUGAGUGUUUAGACGAACAAAUUCGUGUUCAUGUUAAAACAAGAAAAAAUUUUGCCGGGCGAAUAUAUGCAAAAGGUAAAGCUGAUAACCCGGAAUGUUCAAAGGAUGAUUUUGUAAAACAACGAACAAAAAAACCACACAUGGACCUAAAAUUUGGUCAAUGCGGUAUGAAAACAUUAAGAUCGACAGAUCCACGUGGAAUGUAUUACGGUAUCACGUUGGUAGUUUCGUUUCAUACGAUGUUUAUAACAAAAGUGGAUCAAGCUUUUCACGUUAAAUGUUUCUUUGAAGAAUCUAGCAAAGGUUUAACUGCUGAAUUGGGUGUUAGCAUGAUUGCAACAACGGAAUUUGAAGCACGUCAUUCAAUAUCUGGAUGCACUUACAGCAUUCAUUCGUCCAGUAUUGAAGAAAUCGAUGCUGGACGACCGGCUGGACGAGCAAUUCAAUUUGCUCGGGUUGGUGAUCGUGUUUUGCAUCAAUGGCACUGCGAAGAUCAGAUGUAUGGAAUUUUAAUCAAUAACUGUUAUGUCACCGAUGGCUUUGGUAAACGAGCAGAUGUCGUGGAUGCAAAAGGGUGUCCUGUCGAUCCGAUGCUAAUCACAGGAAUACGAUACUCUCCAGAUCUUCAGCGUGCUUAUGCAGAAUCGCAGGUUUUCAAAUUUGCUGAUCGUCCUGGUGUUUGGUUUUUUUGUAGGAUACAGAUGUGCAUGAAGAAGGCAGGAAUGUGUGACUCAAUGACACCACCGGUUUGCGCUGGGACUCAAGCAGGACGUCCACGAAUAACUGAGGAAAUGAAGCAAAAAACAGGCGAAAAAGUUGCAAUACGUCCGGGAAAAAAGGUUCCUAGACCCAAAAAGAAAGAAGGCAAAGGUGGAGAGACGGAAGAUUAUUCGCUCGAACCCAGUGAACUUAAUGAAGAAGAUUACAACAGCGAAUCCGUUGACCACGAAUAUGCCGAAUACGAUGAAGAUGUUACUAUUCCGCCAAAUUUGAACGAUUUAUUGGCGAAACUUCCGGAAGAUGUUAGCGCUGAUUCCUUGCAAAAAAUGUUUAGAGAUUCUGUUGAAGAUCGACGAACAUUACUGAGGGGCUUUGAGUUUCUUAAUCAGGUUACAAACUCAUCAGUGUUGUACAGUCUGGUGUCAGUCUUUUACAGCCGGUUUAGCGUUCCAGAAUUUGACGAGAAACAUGAUGAAUCACCAAUAAUUGCUGGUCGUAUUCUUGUCUAUGACAUUGAUGAAGAGCCCCCACUAACUGAACGUGACAGGUUUCGACAAUCCGGUAGGUCUCUCUUGUUUUCUUUUCUUUCUUUUUUUUUUAAUUUUUCUUUGUAA